UAUAUAUAUAUAUAUAUAAUAUAGGAUAUAUAAUUAUAUAUACCCUGGUGGCGCAGCGGAUUAAACCGCUGAGCUGCUGAACUUGCUGACCGAAAGGUCGGCAGUUCGAAUCCAGGGAGCGGGGUGAGCUCCUGCUGUUAGCCCCAGCUUCUGCCAACCUAGCAGUUCGAAAACAUGCCAAUGUGAGUAGAUCAAUAGGUACUGCUCUGGUGGGAAGGUAAUGGCGCUCCAUGCAGUCAUGCCAGUGGCCACAUGACCUUGGAGGUGUCUAUGGACAACGCCGGCUCUUAAGCUUAGAAAUGGAGAUGAGCCCCAACCCCCAGAGUUGGACUUAACGUCAGGAGAAACCUUUACCUUUAACUAUAUAUAUAUAUAGAUAUAGAUAUAUAUAUACACACACACACAUAUAUAAAGUGCAUACUAUUACUGCUACCCUAUAAUUAUUACUGCUACUAUAAUAUAUAUGUUAUAAUAUUAAUAUUAUAUUAUUAUUAUAUAAUAUAUACUGUAUAUAUAUAUUAUAUUGCUAUUACUGCUAUCCUAUUAUUAUUAUUAUUACUGCAACUGCUACUAUUAUAUAUAUUACAAUAUUAAUAAUAAUGUUUUAUAUAUAUAUAUAUAUAUAAUAUUGCUAUUACUGAUAUCCUAUUAUUAUUAUUAUUACUGCGACUGCUACUAUUAUAUAUAUUAUAAUAUUAAUAAUAAUGUUAUAUUAUAUAUAUAUAUAUAUAUAUAUAUAUAUAUAUAUAUAUAUUAUAAUAUAUAUAUUAUAUUGCUAUUACUGUUAUCCUAUUAUUACUGCGACUACUACAGUAGAGUCUCACUUAUCCAACAUAAACGGGCCGGCAGAAUGUUGGAUAAGCGAAUAUGUUGGAUAAUAAGAAGGGAUUAAGGUAAAGCCUAUUAAACAUCAAAUUAGGUUAUGGUUUUACAAAUUAAGCACCAAAACAUCAUGUUAGACAACAAAUUUGACAGUAAAAGUAGUUCAAUACACAGUAAUGAUAUGUAGUAAUUACUGUAUUUAUGAGUUUAGCACCAAAAUAUCAUGAUGUAUUGAAAACGUUGACUACAAAAAUGUGUUGGAUAAUCCAGAACAUUGGAUAAGCGAGUGUUGGAUAAGUGAGACUCUACUGUAUAUAUAUAUAUAUAUAUAUAUAUAUAUAUAUAAAAUAUAUAUAUUAUAUUGCUAUUACUGCUAUCCUAUUAUUACUGCGACUACUAUAUAUACUAUAAUAUUAUUAAUAACUGUUAUAUAUAUAUUAUAAUAAUAUAUUAUAUUGCUAUUACUGCUAUCCUAUUAUUAUUAUUAUUAUUAUUAUUGGUAUUUCUAUCUCAAAGAAGGCUCAAUAUUCUCAAUUAAAUUAAAUUAAAUUGAAAUGGAAUCAACCCCAAGACUUGUCCCUUUAAAAGAGGAGGGAAAGGAGGGAGGGAUGGGGGUGGCCCCGCCCCCUGAGUUACCUGUGGCCAGGUGAGGCCCUGGGCAGCCAAUGGGGGCCAAUCAGGAAGAAGGCGGCCAAAGCGACCAAUGGCAGUGCAGGUGUUGCACCUGGAGCCGGUUGAACCCAGGAAAUCCCAAAGAGGUGAGAUCACCCUCCUCCUCCUCCUCCUCACUGAGACAGGUGUGUCCUUACCUGGGAAAAGGGGCAUUUUCUCUCUCUUUUAGGGCAAGAAAUUGGACAGGAUGCGAGGCAAGGACGACGAGUACGAUUACUUGUUCAAAAUUGUGCUGAUCGGGGACUCUGGGGUGGGGAAGAGCAACCUGCUGUCCCGCUUCACCCGCAACGAGUUCAACCUGGAGAGCAAGAGCACCAUCGGGGUCGAGUUCGCCACCCGCAGCAUCCAGGUGGACGGCAAGACGGUCAAGGCCCAGAUCUGGGACACCGCCGGGCAGGAGCGCUACCGCGCCAUCACCUCCGCGUACUACCGUGGGGCGGUGGGCGCCCUCCUGACCUACGACAUCGCCAAGUACCUGACCUACGAGAACGCCGAGCGCUGGCUGAAGGAGCUGCAGGACCACGCCGACGCCAACAUCGUCAUCAUGCUGGUGGGCAACAAGAGCGACCUGCGCCACCUCCGGGCCGUGCCCACCGAACAGGCCAAGGCCUUCGCCGAAAAAAACGGCUUGGCCUUCAUCGAGACCUCGGCGCUGGAUUCCACCAACGUGGAGACGGCCUUCCAGAACAUCCUCACAGAGAUCUACCGGAUCGUGUCCCAGCGGCAGAUGUCCGGCGGGGCCCCGGAGGCCGAGUUCAGCCCCAGCGGCAGCACGGCCAUCGAGCCCAUCCGCGUCCUGCCCACGCAGCAGGAAGGCCGGCAGGCGCCCUGCUGCCAGAACAUCUGACCAUCGCUCCCCGGAACGGACCAUGAGCCUUUUGCUUCUUUGGAGCCUUGUGUUUCCCAUCUUCAGUCAGAAAAUGCUCCUCUUUCAUGGGAAGAGGUUUUUGGGGACCCAGGCCCAACUGUCGGCCCCUUUGAAUGGUGUCUCUGUCCCGGGAUCCUUUUGCUGCUUCCCUCGAAGAUGCUGCUGUUUCAGGGAAUUCAAUCCGGUGGGAGAUGUGGGAUGGUGGGAAGAGGAGGUGUCCCGGUUUCCCGACGUGUGGUGUGCACCAAUAAAAGGAUGAUAGGAACACAAA